CUCGUCUCGACUCCGUUAGCGCAGCGCAGUGUAAACAACACCUCCACUGAGGAACACGGUUCGUUCCAAUUGCGAGGCCCGACGUCACCCGGCCGCUUCCUCAACGAGUUGGCACGCACGGCGUUGCUGUUGGCCGCGCAUCUGUGCAUGCACGCAAUUGAGAGAGGGCUGCCCGAAGCUCGAGCUUACCCCUCACGUCAUAGGUGUCUACCAAACAAAGCGGGGUGAUGCCCGUCAACACACACACCAGGAGGUACAGCGCUCCUGCAGGCGCAUUUAAAGCCACCACCGCGCCCAGUAGGCCCCGGUCGAGCUGGAGCCCACCUCUUCGUAAACCUGGCAGAGCCUCAUUCGCGACCCACACUGUGAUCGGUGCAAUCGUCGUCCUGCUAGCGCUUUUCUUCCAAGUCUUUGCACCCCACUUCCCUCACACGGUCCUGCGCUUCUUCACCAAAGACCAGCAUUGGACCGUCAGCUCCCCAGGCAUUACUCUCCGCAACCCCGUACUCUUCCACGAGCCCCCGAUCUGCCCGAAGUCUCAGCAGAUAGUCGAGUUCGAAGGCACCUUCAACACUCAUUCCAAGCGCAGCAUGGCUCUCGCCGACCAGGCAAAGCAGGUCGCUGCUGAAUUCGACUUCAGUGAUGAUGGCGUAAACAAGGCGGUGAAGGAGUUCAUCAGGGAGAUGGACGAGGGCCUGACACAGGAGGGCACCGAGCUGAGCCAGAUCCCGACCUACGUCACGGCCGUACCCAAUGGCACUGAGAAGGGCCUCUACAUGGCCGUUGACCUCGGUGGCACCAACUUCCGUGUCUGCUCCAUCCAGCUGCACGGCAACACCACCUUCUCCCUCACUCAGAGCAAAGUCGCCGUCCCGCACGAGCUCAUGACCGCGAAGACAUCGAAGGAACUCUUCUCUUUCCUAGCAAAGCAGAUUGAGAAGUUCCUCCAGGUACAUCACGAGGAGCACUACACUGGCACACUCAAGCGCAGACAGACCGGCGAACAGCCUGAGGAGAUCUUCAACCUGGGCUUCACAUUCUCGUUCCCUGUCAACCAGGUUGGCAUCAACAAGGGUCUGCUCAUGCGCUGGACCAAGGGUUUUGACAUCCAGGAUGCAGUUGGCAAGGACGUCUGCGCCCUGCUGCAGACUGAGAUUGACGAGCUUCACUUGCCGGUCAAGGUCGCUGCUCUCGUUAAUGACACCGUUGGAACGCUCAUGGCCCGUUCGUACGCCUCGCCAGGCAAGACCGGAACAUUGCUCGGAGCUAUUUUCGGAACCGGUACCAACGGCGCCUACGUCGAGAAGUUGGACAAGGUCACCAAGCUCACAAAGGCUAAGAAUGUAGGAGAGUUCGACAAGUCCACUGGUGAGAUGAUUGUCAACACCGAGUGGGGUUCUUUCGACAAUUCCCUCCGCACACUGCCCAACACACCCUACGAUGUCGAGCUUGAUGAGAAGUCUGUCAACCCUGGCAUCCAGAUGUUCGAGAAGCGCGUAUCUGGUAUGUUCUUGGGUGAACUGCUCCGUCUUGCUCUCGUCAAGCUGAUAAAGGACCCCAAAAUUCCUCUCUUCCAGGACGACAACUCUUCGUCAAAUGACAUCCACAGCACAACACAGAUCGACGCCAACAGCCCGAUCUUCAAGCAGUGGGGCAUCGACACAAGUUUCCUGUCCAUCUGCGCUGGCGAUAACAGCGCCGGCUACCGCGUCAUCAGGCAAACACUGGACAAAGACUUCGGUAUCUCAGCCGCCAGCACCGAGGAUGCAGAGGCUGUCAAGGUUAUCGCCGGCGCCGUCGGUCGUCGCGCGGCCCGUCUCUCAGCUGUUGCCAUCGGCGCCAUCAUCAUCAACACCGGCCGCCUGGAGAAAUCCAGGGGCACCGCCACAACCGAGGACAAGGCCGGCAUCGACCCUCCCCGCGGCGAGGUCAAGGUCAACGAGGAAGACGUCGUCGAUGUCGGUGUCGACGGCUCGCUCGUCGAGUUCUACCCCGACUUCGAGGAGCACAUCCGCGAGGCGCUGCGAACGGUCCCUGAGAUUGGCGACCGUGGCGAGAAGCACAUUCGCAUUGGUAUUGCGAAGGAUGGCUCCGGUGUUGGUGCGGCGCUUAUUGCGCUUGUUGCUGGUCAGGUCCCUGAACCCCAGGCGGACAAUAGGCCUUGAAGUCGUUGGACGCGACUUGAUGGUGUAUAUGUGAAAUGAGAUCUUACGUGCAAUGCCAUUGUUAUGUAGCUUAACGCAAAACGAAUAAAUCGCAUCACUACAUCUU